GAGGAAGAGCCGCUGCGGCGGCCGCAGGGCCAGCACACAGCUGUGCCCGGACAGCCCCGGCCGGGGAAGUCGGAACAGCAGGGGCAGCCUUGUGAAGCAAGGCGACUUCGACAGGGGCAAUGACCAGGCCCUGUGGAGGCGGCUCCUGUCCAAGCUGGUGCUGAAGCCAAAUUGCCCCCAACGGCUGGCCUGGGACGCUCUCGGGUUGCUUCUGAUUACCUACGACUGCAUCACGAUGCCUCUGCAGGGGGCCGCCUGCACGUCCCUCGACCUCGCCGAGGAGGUCGAGGAGCACGAGGAGCCGAGGGGGGGGCCCCUCUCCCGCAGGCUGCGGAGGCAGAGCGCCAUGUCGGUCAGGAAGGCGGCGCUCUGGCUGACCCGCAGCCGCGAGGGCUGCAGCCGCCGCUUGGAGCUCCGCAAGAGCCGCCUCGAGUUCCGCAGCCCUGGCCACGACGCCCAGGACGACGGGCGGAGGAAGCUCGGGAGUGCGGCCAAGCCCCGCGCCUGGCUCGGCCUCGAUCGCGGCCGCGUCGCCGUCCUCCGAGGGCACCUCCCGCGCCGCGGCGUCGGGGCCGUCGCCGCGCCUCGCGACGCGCGCGCCGCGGAGCGCCAGGAACGCCUCGAGCUGGCCGAGGAGGCCCAGGAGAACUGCGUGCCUUUGUAG